AUGCCUUCUUUUCGACUUGUUUGGUAUUUGGUCCAAGAGCACGCCCUCCUGGCCGCUGUCGGCUUAGUCGUCCUUUCCCUCGUCUCCGUGGUCGUCUAUCGCCUCACGCUUCAUCCGCUUGCCCGCGUGCCGGGCCCCAUUCUCGCCGCUGCGACCGGCGCCUACGAAGCCUACUUUCAACUGAUCAAGGACGGAGGUGGCCGGUACUGGGUCGAGAUUGACCGGCUGCACGAUGUAUACGGCCCUAUCGUGCGCAUCAACCCGUGGGAAGUCCACAUCAAGGAUCCCGACUGGAACGACGUCUACAAGCUGUCAUCGAGGGCGGCCAAGCCAAGGUCGCACUACAGGUUCUUUGGUAGCGCCGAGAGCACCAACACGACCGAGCCGGACGGUCUUCACCGGGUCCAUCGCCAGGCUCUUGGGACUUGGUUCUCCUCGCAAAAUGUCACCGCGCACGUACAUCAAGUACAAGAGACGGUCAAAAAGCUCCAUGAUCGCCUCGCUGGUUGCCGCGAACAGGUCGUCAACUUGAGCGACGCGUACCGGUCCCUCGCGCUCGACGUCAGCACCGGGUUUGCCUUUCAGCGACCAUUCGGCGGUAUCGACCAGCCAGACUUUGGCAAGGCCUUUAACCAAGCCGUCUGGAGCUAUGCCCGUCUUGGGUUGCUCAACAGGCAUUUGUUUGGGCUCCCGUUCUGGCUUCUGCAGUCGCUCCUCCCGCGGUCCAUCUCUAACAGACUUAGCCCGGCGGCUUCUCGCGUGUUCAUGGAGCCCAUGGCACCGGAGGGGGAGGCUCCGCAGGACAUGGUGCAGGCCAUGCUCGUCUCGGAUCUUCCCGACAAGCAAAAGACAUUUACCCGAGUGUUUGGUGACUGCCGAAACAUCAUUCUUGCUGGAAACGAGACCACGGCGACCGUUCUAACGUCCAUCACCUAUCAUCUUCUAAGCAGCCCGGAGAUGCAAACUAAGCUUCGAAGCGAGUUGAAGAGCGCGCGGGAUGCAAAAGGCGCUGCCCUGGGGUAUCAAGAUCUCCGAUCCGUGCCGUACCUCACGGGCGUGAUAAACGAGGCCUUGCGUACGAGCUAUUCUGUCUCAGGAAGACUUCCGCGCUACUCGGAGGUUGCAGACUUUGAAUACCAGCGGUACUUUCUGCCUCGUGGGACUCACAUCUCAAUCAGCAUGCACGAUGCUCACAUGGAUCCGGCCAUCUUCCCUGACCCCGAAAAGUUCAACCCCGAUCGCUGGCUGAAUCAGCCCGACUACAAGCGACUCGCUAAAUAUCUUCAACCGUGGGGUCGCGGAUCGCGGCUCUGCAUCGGCAAGGAGCUGGCAACCAUGGACAUCUACCUCACCGUGUCGCGAUUAUUUGGUCCAGGAUGCGAGUUUGAGAUGAAGCUUUUUGAGACUGAGCGGAGAGAUUGGGACAUCUUUGGUGACUAUUUUGGGCCGCUGCCUGCACCGGGAAGCAGAGGGUUGCGCGUGAUGGUUGGGAAGCCUCAGUAG